CGGUUCUCGAGUAAGAGUCUAUAUUGCUUUGUCACCCUGUCAGGUGGGAGAUCAGAGGGACCCAAGGGGUGAAGAAACUAGCGAAGGUUUGAUAGGGGAAGAAAAUCAAAGUGAAGAGGAAUCCACUUUGAAGGACUCUGGGUUCGUUAGAAUUUUCCGCUCUUCAAACCACCCUUGCAACUACUUUGGCCUAGCUAAACAAGCUCUUUUCAAUCCCUGGGAAAUGUAUGUCUUACUCUGGCUUUAUUCAGACUCUUGUAGUUUCUGUGUUCUUUCUAUGAGCACCCGUGGAAUUUAUACAUGCACUUAUGCUAAUCCUAUCUUAUUUAUUGUAUGUAUUGCUUGUUUGAAGGUUUUUGGCGAAAAAUUCGAUAAUUUCGUAGAGAAUUUUGAGAAAUCAUUUCGAAGUACGCUGAUGACUUUGAGAUUAAUCAGUGAUAUACCUCAGAACAUCCACGAACAAGCCCAAAGAGCUCGAUUUGUAAGGUGUUCUUGUUCAUGUUCCCUUGAUAAACUCAAAAAUCCCAUAUGCUUCCACGAAGCCCAAGAUAAUUUACAGUCACUCUCUUCUGGCGAACAACACCAAGAAGUGCUGGGCCCGCGUACGUCCCUUGACCAAGUCCAAGAUUCUUCACGCCCUUUAGGUCAAAGUCAAAGUCAAACUCCCACUCGGAUGGAGGAAAUCACGAGCACAAAUUCAAUGAGUCGAGAGCUCGUUCUGCAUGAUAAAAAUGACGAGCGUCAAUUGGCACAUUCUAAUACCGACCAAUUUUCCAUGCUAAGCACGAUUGAAAAAUCUAUCAUCGAGCAAACCCGUUCAAAUGACCUCAAGGCAUUCGAGAUCGGACUUAUCAUGAAAAAAAUGCAGCUUAAGGAAAAACAGCUGGAACUGAAAUCCAGUGCAAAUAUCUUGGAGAGGUGGAAAUUUUCGAUGGGUUUAUCCAAGGCGUCUUUUAAAGCUGAAAAAUUCAAGACUCAGUUACAGGAAAUGAGACAGGUGGAGCAGCUUAAGAAAUGCUUGGAUUUUUUAGUCGCUGGUUUAGUUAUGAUGUUAUUUUCGCUUGGUUAUGGGACAUAUGUGUAUUCUCACCGGAGGAUCAUUGAAGCCACUGAAGCUUGCUCUCCGCAUACGGAAUCCAAAUCUUGGUGGAUGCCAAAAUCGAUGGCGACCUUCAACACGGGCCUUCAUCUUUUAAAAUGCCAAAUCCAAGUCUUGAGCCGCAUGCUGUUUGGAAUUCUAAUGAUCGGAGCCAUUGCCUUUCUACUCAUCCAACGAUCAUCCGCUUCACAUCAUACGAUGCCCGUCACCUUCAUACUUCUACUCUUAGGUGUCAUGUGUGGCUAUGCGGGCAAAUUUUGUGUCGACACAUUGGGAGGGAGUGGGUCCCAGUGGCUAAUUUAUUGGGAGGCCUUGUGUUCAUUGCAUUUCUUCUCGAAUGUUUUCAGCUCGUAUCUUUAUGUUAUCCUGAAUGGGCCCAUCACCGUUGUGGAGCGGGCCGAGGGCAAGAGUCCGGUACUUUUCCCAUACUGGGUGAGAAGGGUGAUUUUCUUUGCUCUGUUGCUAAUUAUGCCGUUAUUUUGUGGGCUUAUGCCGUUUGCGGGCCCCCGGGAGUGGUUCGAGCAUUUCCGGUCAGGGGCUUUGGGUUUCUUGACGGUGGUUGAUGACUGA